AUGUUUGUGCAUCUAACCAGUAAAACUGAUUCUUCUGAUAGACUCAACCACUACAACCAGCAAAGGUGUGGUUUCCGUCGGGAAGCCAAAAAGACUGAUACCAAGAAAGAAAAUGUCCCCCAAGAAACAAAAGCCCCUGAAACUGGCACACCGGGGCCUCUACCUCCUCCCAAAGUCCGAAGGCCGAAGCUUUUCCGACCGCUGGUGUUCACCGUAGGGUUUACAGGCUGCUCCUUUGGCGCGGCGGCCAUUCUUCAGUAUGAGACCCUAAAGUCAAGAGUUCAGGCUGCAAAAGAUGGAGAGGAGUUAGAGAAGCUAAUGAUGGGCUCCCAAGACACGGCCUACUGGCAUGACUGGUGGAAUCAGCUCUCCAACUUCCAACGACAGAUUAUCCUCCUUAUGUCAGUGGUGGAUGACUUCUGGAAUAGCCUCACAGAGGGACAAAAGACAGUUACAGGUAUUAUUGCUGUAAACGUUGCAGUCCUGUGUUGCUGGCGGGUCCCAUCUAUGCAGAGAACUAUGUUAAAGUACUUCACAGCCAAUCCAGCCUCCAAAACACAGUGCCUUCCCAUGGUCCUGUCCUCCUUCAGCCACUACUCCAUUAUCCACAUGAUAGCCAACAUGUAUGUCCUAUGGACAUUCUCUUCUGGAAUCGUCUCUCUCUUAGGAAAAGAGCAGUUUCUCGCAGUCUACCUCUCUGCUGGUGUGAUUUCCACUAUGGUCAGUUACAUGUGUAAAACAGCCACCGGGAGACUCUACCCGUCACUUGGAGCGUCAGGUGCCGUCAUGGCAGUGCUCGCUGCAGUCUGUGCUAAAGUACCCGAGGCCAAACUCGGCAUAAUCCUGCUUCCCAUGGUCUCUUUCACAGCAGGAAAUGCUCUGAAAGCGCUCGUGGCAAUAGAUGCGGCUGGGCUUUUGUUGGGAUGGCGGAUAUUUGACCAUGCUGCUCACCUUGGUGGAGCCCUUUUUGGAAUAUGGUAUGUGGCGUACGGACACAAACUCAUCUGGAGAAAGAGGGAGCCCCUCGUGAAGAUGUGGCAUGAUAUGCGUUCCCCAAGCACCAGAGGAUCCAGUCCUGGUGGUAGGCCUGGACCCAGUGACGGUGGUGGAGGACCUGGACAAUAG